GAAGACAUUCACGCUGUCGUAUACCGGUACACACGUUUUUAACGCGAUUGAAAAACAAGUGGACAACGUAUUGCUUGCAAAUCAACUGAACUACACCAACUUCUGUUGUCUUUUGGUCUUUGCUAUUAGCUAACCUACCUAGCCACUAUGAUUUCUGUCUGCUCGUAGCCGAAGCUGGAAGCUACAGAUGUGCGCAUCUCAAGCUUGCUAGCUAAGAGAAGCUAGCUUCACUAGCACGAUCAGCUAUGAAUGUAGGGCUCACAUACUUCAGCACUGAUUCGUCAACAUUUUAAAGAGCAAGAAUGAGCAGCCUGGAUCAGAACCAGCGUCUCCAUCCUAGUUGCCGUGACAAAACAACAGUCUCUAGUGAUUCAUCAGACACUUCUGAGCUCGCCAAGCAGCCUCUCCAAGGUCUAAAAUUGGCAUCGCAUGCAGUGCUGGAGAAGGCACAGGAGAGGGGCAGGUUGAAAUGCUCUAAAUGUGGAGGAUCAAGGAUGUUCUUCUGCUACACAUGCUGCUCAUUACUGGGUGUCAGCCCGCAAGAAAUCCCCUUAAUCACGCUUCCUGUGAAGAUAGACAUCAUCAAGCAUCCCAAUGAGACGGAUGGCAAGAGCACUGCAAUCCACGCCAAGAUCCUCGCACCCAGUGACGUCACCAUAUACACUUACCCCUGCAUACCGGACUAUGAAAAGGACCAGGUGGUGUUGGUGUUCCCUGGUCCAGGGGCUGUCUCAGUUCAAGACAUGAUGCAGUGGUUGCGUGACAGGACCGAAAGCAGGUCACAUGGCUCCUCUCAUGAACCCUGCAUAAAGAGGCGGAAAAGUGAGGAAGUGCAAGGCGCCACACACAGCGCAGAGAACCCGGAGUCAGGGAACCCAGAUGAAGCAAAGGGCUUGGAGUCAAGUGUGUAUCCCCUACAGAGGGUGGUCUUCAUUGACAGCACAUGGAACCAGACCAACAAGAUCAGCACAGAUGAGAGACUGCAAGAUUUGCUCCGGGUAGAGCUGAAGAUGAGGAAAACGUGUUUCUGGCGCCAUCAGAAGGGCAAACCAGACACCUACCUAGCUACUAUCGAGGCUAUUUAUUAUUUCCUCAAUGACUUCCACGUGCAUUGCCUUUCUCAGGAGUACAAAGGAGAAUAUGAUAACCUUCUCUUCUUCUACUCCUACCUGCACUCAGUUGUCAACAAAGCCAAGACUGCUGCUGGAAAAUGCUGAGAAAUGCUGUGAGGAAAAACUGAAAUCAGCUACAAGAGACUGUUGUGAGCUUUAGCUGAAGAGUAGAUUCACAUGCUAGCCCUUGUAAGAUUUUUUUUAGCUGAGUGUCAUUUGAUUUUGUAAGGAAUACUAUUUGUAUAAGAAUAUGCAAUAAUAAAAAAGGGUUUCCAGUUGCCAAACAUUAAUAAGGUGUGUUUUGAUACAUGAGUAAAUACAAGACAUAGCUCUGAAA